UUCGUGAGAAAUUCUUCAGGUAGCAAGCCUUCAAAGAAAGACUUAAGUUUUUUAAAUAAUUCCGUCAAUGGAAGUACGCGGAUGAUCUGAAAAAAUGUCUAGCUCUUAUAUUGUUGAGCCGCAAGAAAAAGAGACUCAGAAACAGGAUGACACAUUGAUUAUUGUAGUCAGUGAUGAUGGUACAAUAUCAGUAGAUCAAGAAACAUUACACAAUUUAAUAAUGAAUCAAUCGAAUGCUAAUGUUAGUGUAGUAAGAUUGGGACAAAGUGAACCAGGGGCUAACAAUGGAGAUAUAACGUUGACCGUAGAUCCUCCAACUUUUACAUCUUCGAACAUUACACCUAUAGUCAAUGCAACAACUACUGAUGCAAGCGGACUCGUUGAUCCUUUUAUGGAAAUGGAUCCUGAACAAUUAGAAAGAUUGGAAACUGCUCUUCAGAGCGAGGAAGCAAAACAAAUAUUAGGCGAAAAUGUUACAGCAAUGCUUGAUAUGCUGUCCGUAGAAGAACAACAGAAGUCAAUAAGAUAUAGCGUUGAACUGGAUCACUGUUAUACAAAUAAAUUACCUGAUUCUGAACCAAAAGAUUCAUUAGCAUUGUCAAGUUAUGCAUCUUCUAGCGACAUACAAUAUAUGCAUUCUCCUUCUCCAUCGACAGUGUCAACAAUGUCAUUACCAUCUAAUGAAGUUGAUAAACUGAAAACAAAUACUAAAUCAGGUAAGCCGAUUGGUCGCCCUCGGAAAAAUCCUCUUUCUUCGAAUCAAUCUACUUCUCCUCGAUCAGCUGGGAAUUCUCCCGGAGCAUCAAAGUCAACAGGACAUUCGAUAUCUAAAGCACAUAGGCUAUCCAAUGAUGAAGAAGAAGAGGAAGAAGGUACUCCUUCACCUUCUGAGUCUUCUGAAUCAGAACCUUCAUCGGACAAUGAUUUAGAUUUUGGUCCACGAGGUCCAAGGAGAGGAGGACUUAGAGCCAGAGGUGGGCGGAAAGGUUUAACUACUAGGGGUGGAUACAUAACAGGACGAAGAAGAAAUUCUAAUAAACAUUUGGAUAUAGAACAAGUGCGUCGAUUAGAUAUGGAAAUGGCUGCAGCUGUCACUGCAAUGAAAACUUCUGAAAAAGAGGAAAAGAUAGGACUCACGUCUACUAGAGGUAGAAGACAGUUCAAGACGUUUGGAAUAAGAAAAAAGGAUGAAACACAACAUGUGGAACCAUCACCUGUUACAAAUGAAGCAAUUGUUAACACUGAAAAACACUUGCAAACGACAAACCAAGUAAAAGCUAAUUUAAUUAGUAGCAAUAUGAUCAAAGGUGAUAUGAUUCUAACUAAGCCUGGCCAAGGAAGAAAUAAUCAAAAAUUAACUCUAGUACAAAAGCAAGUUGUAAUGAAAGCCAAUGAGCUCAAGAAUAUGGAUGUAAAAAAACCAAUGAUCCUUCCAAAAGGAAAAUUUUUGAAUCAAGUACAAACGAAAUUGAUAUCUACAAAAGAUGGGAAAUUAAUGCAUGUACCAAUAGCAUCAAAAUCAACGGUGUCGAGUACUCCGAUAGGUCAUGAAAAGGGAACAAUAAUACAAACUACUCCCAUACAACAGUAUCAAGGAGUACAACAACAAAGCAAACCUAUUUCAUCUGCCAUGUCAGUUAAAGUUAAACCAUCGGAAAUAAAGAAAGAAAGAAAAAAGCCUGACAAAUUAACGGAUCUUAUUACUAAGCCAGAAGGUGAUAAUACCAAAUCUGUUGAAAUUAAAAACGUAGAUAACAUGAAAAAACAUUCACGUAAAGAACAUAAGAAAUCUCCAGGAUUUGUAGCAGAUACUUUGGGUCCAGCACUUUUUUCAGCGCCCGAUAUUAUUCGUCGUGUUGGUUCUAAUAAUGAUCCGAAAAAUGUGGACAAUUCAGCUACUUUAAUUACUAAUAUAUCAAGUUCACCUAUUUCUUGUGGAAUUGCUAAAUCGUCUCCUCAAGGAACACAAAUAAUAAGUCCAACAAAUGUUAUUACUACAACUGCAAACGUAACACAAAGUUCAGAUCCUGAAUAUACAACGAAAACUUUGAUAACAAAUACCAUAGAAGAAGAAGUAUCUCAUGUUGAACGUAAUUCAGGUACAGAAAAUGAGAUGGAUAAUGUAUCAAAGGACGAAGGUGAAAUCCAAGAAACAGAUUCAAAGGGAGACGCAACUGAGAAAUUACAAACUUCUUUAAUUACUACUUCAUCAAAAAUGAUUGAUCAAGCCAUGGCAUUACCUACCGUGUCAAAUCAUAUUAACCCUAAACCUAGUGGUAUUGAAGGAGAAGAACAUCUUUUAGCCACAUUAGGAAUGGAAGCCAACAAACAUGAUGAGGAGUUAUUAGCAGAGGCAUUAUUAUUACAAGAAGAACUUGGAGUUGAUUUAGGAGAUCAUACUGCUUUGGUAGAUCAAUCUGUACCAUCUACGUCAUUAACAUCAACUCCUGCUCAAGUUACUACACUAGAAACAACAACUAAUCAAGAAUUGGCACGAAAUUCAUUAGAUACGACAACUACGGCACAAAUAUCAUCAAAUAUAAUACCUGAAGUAAUAAAAAAAAAUGUUAAAGACGAUAAAGAACCGAUACAAAUUGUUCGUGGUGGACGCGUAAUAACUUUACCACCCAUAGAAGCUCCAGCAACGAGAAGCAAACGAUUGCAAGCGAAAACAGAAGUUGUACAGAAGACACCAGAACCUAUCAAGAAAGUAGAAAAUUAUGAAUCACCAGCAAUUCAGAGUCACGUAGAACGUAAAGAAGAUUUACGACUGAAUGUAAAUGAGCAAAAUGAUGAUGAUGACGAAGAUGAUGAUGAGGAAGAAGAAGAAAAUUCAGAUUCGGAAGAUGAUCCUGAUAGACUGUGGUGCAUUUGUAAACGUCCUCAUAAUAAUCGUUUUAUGAUAUGUUGCGAUGUUUGCGAAGAUUGGUUCCAUGGGAAAUGUGUACACGUCAGUAAAGCAAUGGGACAACAGAUGGAAGAAAAAGGAAUUGAAUGGGUUUGCCCAAAUUGUUUGAAGAAAAAAGCAGAUGAUAAUAAAGUAAAAACAAAUGCACAGGUUACUCCAGGAAGAGAAAAGCAACGGCAAGAUUCGUUUAUGGAGGAUUCUUCAUCCCUAAUGGAAGAAGAAACAUCGCAGCCUGCUCUUUCGCAAACAAAAGAUGGACAGUUAUCUGCAGCAUCUACCCUCGAUCACAAUAUUAUUCGAAUUUCAGGUACUACUCAAUGUGUAGUAUGCAAAAAAGAAGCUAGAAAUUCUAGUAUUUAUUGUUCGGACGCAUGCAUUCUUGCACAUGCUCAAGAAACUUUAACCAAGGACAAACCUAUAGCGACUGGUUCUAAUUCCAAGAUGUUAAAGCAAACACCUUUGGGAAUAGCUAAAGCAAAGGCGGACGCUAGAGUGAUUGUUUUUGAAAGAAGAACUGGACGACUUCUUACAGGUACGGAUGCACCUAAAAGAUCUAAUUUGAAGACAUGGUUAAAAGAAAAUCCAACCUUCGAAGCUGUACGAGCUGAUAGUCUUAGUCAAGUAGAAAUAGGAGGGAAAACUCUUACGGUAUUACCGGCACAACGAAUAACCAAACCUGGAAAAUCUCCGCAAUUAAUAGCUGCUAAAGCACAAGCAAUGCCAAAAAUGGUAUAUACUAAUAUAGCAGGUUCGAAGCAAACCAUUUUGAUAGCCAGUAAAAAAAUUACAGCCAUUCCUGGUGGAACUCAGCAACAAACAAGUACACUGCACAAUAAACCGCAUCAAUUGAAACAAACAUUUCUCGAUACAAGUAAAGGCAAUUUGAUUUUAAAACAAACACCUAUUAGACCCGCAUCAUCACCUCAAAAUAGAACACAAGGAACGAUUGCACAGAAACAAAUACCAAACAAGAAACAAGAAGUAAAAGUUUUAACACCUCAACCGAAACAACAAGCUAAAAUACCUCUCGCAAGGAAGCCAGAAACUGAACCUAUAAGAUUAAACAUACGAAAAACAUUAACGGAACUUCUGUCAAGUCGUAUUAAAGAAACUGAUGAUUUAAAACUAACAGACGAGGAAAUAGCUGAUUUAGCGUUUAAUAUAGAAAUGGAAAUGUACAAGUAUUUCAAAGAUACUGGUGCAAAGUAUAAAGCUAAAUACAGAAGUCUUGUAUUUAAUAUAAAAGAUACUAAAAAUUUAACAUUGUUUAGAAAAAUAGCUGACAAAUCUUUAGCACCAGACGCUGUAGUAAGAUUAAGUCCAGACGAAAUGGCUAGUCAAGAAUUAGCUGAGUGGCGAGAGAAGGAAACUAAACAUCAAUUGGAGAUGAUCAAGAAAAAUGAGUUGGAUUUAAUGGCACAAGCAAAAUCCAUAGUAGUAAAGACACACAAAGGUGAACAGAUUAUAGAAAAUGAUGGUAGUAUUGGUAUGGUAGAUCCGAAAACACCGGUUCAAGAUAUAGUAACCGCUUUAAAUAGUGGAGAUAGCGUUAGUUCCAUCGAUACGACUAAGGAAAGAGAAGAUGGAGAUAGAAUAAAAAUGACAGCUGAAAUGAAAAGAUCGAAGAACGGGGAUGAGGGUAGGAAAAAAGAUAAAGAACGAGAAGGUUCUAGGGAUGGUGGAAGAUUAAGGAGUAAAGAAGGACGAGAAAGUAGUACGAGUAGAAGCAGACAUCGUCACAAACGUGAUAAAGAUUACAGUAAAACGAGAGAACGUAGUAAGGAUAGAAAAAUCAAGAAUAAAGAAAGUAGACGAGAGAAAGACAAAGAACGUGAAAAGGAUAAGGAUAAACAAAGAAAUAAGGAUAGAGAAAAGAUCAAAGAUAGGGAAAGGGAUAGGGAUAGGGAUAGAGAAAGGGAAAGAGAUAGAGAUAAGGAUAGGGAAAAGGAAAAGGAAAAGGAAAAGGAAAAGGAAAAGGAAAAGGAAAAAGAAAAAGAAAAAGAAAAAUAUAUACUGAAUGAUAAAGAAAAGCAUAAGGUAAUCGACGUUUGGGCGAAAGCACGAAUUCGUAAUGAGUCGUCGAAGGAAAUCAAGAAUACUGGAGAGAAAAAAGAACAAGGACGUAAGAAGGAUACAGAAAAGAAGAAAGAACUAACACCACCUAUACCCGACAAACCGAUAGAAGAUCGUCUAUGGAGGCAUAUAGAGGAUGAAACUACGACUAAUACCAUUGAUGGAAAUGAUUCAGACGUAUCUGACAGAGAGCCGAGUUCUACCGUUACGAUCAAAACGCCAGACAUUAACGAAGAGCCCGAAAGAUAUACGGAUCCUGAGAUAGAAAAGGAUAUUGCUAAAACAUCAUGGCAAACAGUUUGGCGAGGAUUUGUUAACAUGGUAGAUGUUGCUAAGUUCUUUAUCACUGCUCAAGAAGUAAGUGGUCAUGCCAGAGAUCUAAUGAACGAUCUACCAGAUACGGUCGACGUUGUUGGUAGAAUAAGUCAUGAAACUGUAUGGGAUUACAUUUCGAAGAUGAAGAAAACUGGAUCUAAGGAAAUCCUUGUUAUAAGAUUAACGGCGGCGAACGACGAGGAAAAAAUUCCUUAUAUAACUUUAUACAGUUAUUUAAAUAGUAGAAGUCGAUUAGGUGUUGUUGGUAAUGUUUCGAAAAAUAUCAAAGAUUUUUAUAUAAUGCCCUUUUCAAACCAAAGCACAAUACCACGAGUUUUAUUACCUCUCACUGGUCCUGGUUUUGAAGAAAACAGACCGCACUUGCUUCUUGGUAUUAUAGUACGCAAUAGAAAGAAACGCUUGACAGCCAUACCUCCGAUAGUUUCUACAAAAGUCCAGAAAAAAGAUCCUGAUCGUAGUUAUACGCCACCGUUAGUUGGUACUUCCAAAGAUAAAAAUUCUUCCACUACACCACCAGCCUCUCCUAUGGGAUAUAAAUCAACCGUUACUGAUACUAUUAAAGAUAAACAAACGGUUACUCAGAUGACCCUAGAAACUUUAAAUAAGGCACACAUUGGGAUGUCCAAAUCUGUAAUGGACAGUGCUGCGAUAUGUAAAAUUGUACCAGAAUUAUCUACGAAGAUUGACCUAAUACCGUCACCUCUUAAAACAUUAGAUGACGAUGGCGAUGAACCUUAUAGUCCAGGUGAAAUGGACGAAGAUGCUACGAAUAUACAAACAGCAAUGCAUGAUAACACAGACGUAUUAUCGUCCGCUAAAAAUUCUACCGAAUUGCAGAGGAAAAUGGACGAAUUGAAUAGACAAAUAGAAGAACAAAAACAACAAAUACAAAACAUUAGCUCUUCGUUUCUAAAUGACACACCUACUCUGCCGGGGUUGGGGUUAGAUCCUCCAAAUUCAAAGGAUUCCGAAGAAGCUUACAGUCCUUCCGAUACACGUUCGUUUACACCGCCACCACCGGGACUUUCUAAAUUUGCCCAACCGAUUUUGGAUAAAGUUUCAGAUAUAACGAUACCACCGAAUCUACAAGAGAUACUUGCGAACGUUAAACGACAAGAAUCCUCAAAAGUGGAUCCUUAUCUCCCAUCUAAGCCUAGUGCUACAUUUUUAACUACUGUUAAUUCAACAGCUUAUCACAGUUCGGAAAAAUACUCUUCUCCUUCCCAAAAUAAAGGACCAAAUUUAGGCAGAACAAAUUCCGAAAAGGCAGCUUUCAUGGAUACAUCGCAAACUGUUCUUUCGAAAGAAAGUAAGAGUACUUUAAGUACACUCAGUGAUUUAGAUCUUAUAAGAAAAGCAGAGGAGGAAUUAGCUGCUGUUGCAGCAGCAUCGGCAGUAUCGAACGUACCUACUGUGCCUAUAUCACCUGUUACGCCUUCCGGUACAAAUCUUCUAACGCAAACGUCUACCGUAACACCUACGCAAUGUGGGAGCUUGACGGCAUCACCUACGAUUCAUCAGCCUAUAUUGUCACCUCCCAUUGCUCACAUAGAAACCUCAUUCAAGAAGACCUUUGCGCCAGAACAACCGAAGCCCCCUGGUCUCGAAGAUGAAGAUUUUCCUGCAUUUCCUUCAACACCACCGACAAUGGACACCAUGUCUAAAAUGAUACCGCGAUCGAAGUACACUAAUAAAAGUGGUAUUGUGUUAAGUGUUAAACGAAAAAUAAGCGAAGAUGAUUCUUCUCCUGCAGUCAAGACUUCGAGGACAAAAUCUAGAUGGGGUCAAGGGCCAUCGGAAUAAAAUUUCUAAGAGGAAUUACUUACUUUGUACUAUGGACGGUACUAUGGGAGAAAGCGCAUUGCAUCAUAUAAAACAUAGUUAUGUCAUAGGUUAACGCGAUAAAACAAAUUUAACAGUUGAAAUACUGUUAUCAGAAAAUGUCGAAGGGAUGAGAAGACGAUUUUCAGUAUGAAUGAAAAUGAGUUACAGGGAAAAAAAUUAUCUCUUAGUAUGGUUAAACAAUUCUUUAACAUUUUUGCUCCGAAGGGCGUAAUAAAAAUACAAAAAAAAAACAAAACGCUCCGUUAACCAGCGAUCAUAUUUUGUCUUAAUCACACUAAUGCGAAAGGGUUAAUUGUUAGAAAAUGAUCUAUUUAAAAUGCAUUGGAAAUAAUUUUAACUUUUUAUCUUAUAGAA